GUGUGUCUGGGCAUGCAUCAACUCCUGGAGAAGUGUGACUGGACUCCACAUCAGCCAAUCAGAUCGCUGUAUUUCGCACCAACAACAAACAAAAGAUCGGAAUGAGAGCCCUGUCGUUGUCGCUGCAUUAUAGUUCUCAAUCCGGUACAUGUUGUCUUACAGACUGAGAUUCAUGGUGUUUGCCUUUGUUUUAUCACCGUUGUGCAUCGACUUUAUAACAGUGAGGAGCUUCUCCGCUUCACGACCCUAAUCAACCAGGAGAGGUGUUUAAAGCUAAAGCGAGCUGCUAACCAAAAAAACCGACAUAAAACAGAAAUAGUUCGGGUUUUGUUGUAGGUGACAGCAGACAGACCCAAUCGCUGGAGUCUUCCAGAGAGCUGUCCAGCUAAAGAUAGCUGGUUAGCUGUGAAUAUUAAAAGGAGGAAUCCGAUCGCGAUGUCAGGACCGUCUUCAGGCUGCGGCUUUCUCAUGUCGGUUGUUCACGGAGACUCGGCUCUAAACGAGCAGGAAAAAGAGCUCAACCAACGGCUUAGACGCCUUUAUCCAGCCGUCAACGAACAAGAAACACCACUGCCUAGAUCCUGGAGCCCAAAGGACAAAUUCAGCUACAUCGGCCUGUCACAGAACAACCUGCGGGUGCAUUAUAAAGGUCAUGGAAAGACACCCAAGGAUGCAGCAUCUGUUCGUGCGACUCAUCCUAUUCCAGCGGCCUGUGGGGUCUAUUACUUUGAGGUGAAAAUUAUCAGUAAAGGACGAGAUGGAUACAUGGGGAUCGGUCUUUCUGCUCAGGGGGUGAACAUGAACAGACUUCCAGGCUGGGACAAGCACUCGUACGGCUAUCACGGAGACGACGGACACAGUUUCUGCUCAUCAGGAACAGGGCAGCCGUACGGGCCCACGUUCACCACAGGCGACGUAAUUGGCUGCUGCGUCAACCUCAUCAACAACACCUGCUUCUACACAAAGAACGGCCACAGUCUAGGUAUAGCUUUUACAGAUUUACCACCGAACCUGUACCCGACGGUAGGGCUUCAGACCCCAGGAGAGGUGGUGGAUGCUAAUUUUGGGCAGCAUCCUUUUGUAUUUGACAUAGAGGACUACAUGCGAGAGUGGAGAACUAAGAUCCAGGCUCAGAUUGAGUGCUGUCCCAUUGGCGAGCGAGAAGGCGAGUGGCAGGCCAUGAUUCAGAAAAUGGUGGCCUCUUACUUGGUUCAUCAUAGUUACUGUGCCACGGCUGAAGCCUUCGCCAAGUCCACCGACCAGGCCGUGCACGAGGAGCUCGCUUCAAUCAAAAACAGACAGAAAAUCCAGAAGCUGGUUCUGUCUGGCCGAAUGGGGGAGGCCAUAGAGACCACUCAGCAACUCUACCCCAGUCUGCUUGAAAGGAACCCUGACCUGUUAUUCAUGUUAAAGGUGAGACAAUUCAUUGAAAUGGUGAAUGGCACUGACAGCGAGGUACGCUGUCUUGGUGGGCGGAGCCCCAAGUCCCAGGAUAGCUACCCCGGUUCUCCUCGCCUUUUCAGUAGCCCCACCCACAAAGCCACUGGCUCUCAAGCCUAUCCGUCAGGUUUUGAUAGUAACUACUGUAAUGGAGUAUCGUCCAGUAAAGCUCACACUUCAACACACAGCCACAAACCGUGUCCUGUAACCACGGGCAGUGGUGAGUUGGGGAUUCUGAACGGCAGCCACACACAGCAGUCCAGCAUAAGUAAUGAUGUAGAUAUGGAGGUGGAUCACAUCUCCAACGGACUGUCCGAGUCCUCCUCAAACGGCUUCUUGAACGGGAGCGCCACACACGCAGCCGACAUCGAGGACUGCGAGGCAGAGAUGGAAGUAGAGUCAGCUCAGUCCAAGAGGCAGCUCUGCGGGGGAAGCCAAGCCGCCAUCGAGAGGAUGAUCCAUUUCGGCCGAGAGCUGCAGAGCAUGAGCGAACAUCUUCGCCGUGAACGUGGCAAAAACUCCGCCAACAAGAAGAUGCUCAAGGAUGCUUUUAGUUUGUUGGCCUACUCAGAUCCAUGGAACAGUCCUGUGGGCUACCAGCUGGACUCCAUCCAGAGAGAGCCAGUCUGCUCCACACUCAACAGUGCAAUAUUAGAGACUCAUAACCUGCCCAAGCAGCCACCUCUGGCUCAGGCCGUGGGUCAGGCGACGCAGUGCCUGGCACUUAUGGCCCGCACAGGCAUCGGCUCUUGCGCUUUCGCCUCAGUGGACGAUUACCUGCACUAGCCCCUAGAGAUGUAUCCCGUUUAAAAUGGCCAUGCAGCACAAUCUGCAUCACCCCAACUCAACCUGGACUAUUAAACAUCAGGCCUGUCUCCAAUCAUGCCCCGGAGCACCUCAUAAGCCAGACCCAUUCCAAAUCCCGACUUUCACUCUCUCCAUGAGACUGGAUCCACAGGUCCUCCUGAAUCAAAAGACACAUUUCGAAGGAUCUCCCUCAAGCCAAACAAAUUCCUGAAUCAUCACAACUUUUUGAUUUUCUUUUUAAUUUGGGAUAGGGAAGCGGGUGUGUGUACGUGUUGCAGGCUCCGGUUGUUCGUUUUCUAGUUUGAGGCAUGAGACAAAUUCAUUCUGAUUCUAAUUAAUGUUAUAAUUAAACUUGCAUAUAAGAUUAUAUUUGUUCUCGAUUGACAGCUGGCUAAUGUGAGUCCAAAAGGCCCCGUACAGUUAACACCCUGCUGUUUUUAAGGUGUCUGCUUGUGUAUUUGUUACAACCCUCUCACUCCUCCACCCUUUAUUAUUAUUAUUAUUAUUAUUAUUAUAAUUUUUUUUUUUUUGAAAGCUAUAUUAACAUGCAGAGUGGAAUAUUUUAGUUAUCUAAAGAAGAAAAAAAUGCAGUCCAACAAAGUGGGACUCCUCCUUAGUGGUGGUAUUUAGUAUAGAGAGUUAGUGUGAGCUGUAUUUUGAGUUAAGCCCUUCUUUGUGCAAGCGCACCCUCCCUCUGCCAAGUCUGCAAGGCAGGUUUGAUGCAACAUUUGGACACUCGGGCUUAUAACCGUGUGGAUGUCUACAGCCGUCUAGAGUCGGUCUCCGGACCGUUCUCGCUCAGGCCGACACUCACCACUCUCACGUUUCUGUACAGUGCAGCUCUGAAAUACGCCUAGGCUUGUAUUUAUCAAUCGUCGCUAAGUUUUGGACUUAACAAUAAAAAAAAAACAUAACGAAAAACAUUAAAAAUGUAAAAAACCUAUCUGUCCGAACUGUUAUUUUACACUGCUUGAUAUGUACAAGCCCUGGCUGAAAAGAGGAAAUCCUGUUCCUGGUUUUCUUCUGUGUUUCACCAGCCAGCUCUUACGACCAUCACGUUACAAAAAAGCAAGGAGAAUGAUACAGUAUUGUCAACAGCACUGUCUUAUCAUUUUCAGUAAUAAAAUACAAAUACCCAGGUGGAUAA